GGCGAGCAGCCACAAUGCUAAAGGAGGUACGCAUGCGCGUCGGUGCUUAAUCUUCCUACCGAGUUAACUAACAACACCUUUUUGACAACAAAGUGUUGAGAAAGAAGUUUGAAAUACCACUCUUACUCAUUUUUUCGCCAAGACACAAUGUCAAACAUCGAGGGAUAUUUUCAAACGAUAUAAUUUUUUUCCUCGUUAUUUCAAAGUUGCUUAUGUGACCUGAUUUGGAUCCAAAGGUACUCGUUGGAACUAGUUCCGCCCUGCUCUUUGCUUGUGAUGGACAGCAGCGACAAGUGUCAAAAGUAAUUAGGCUUUUUUUUUUACCAAUACGGAGAAAAACACUUAUUUAAGUUUUGGCUAGACUUUCCCUCUAAGAAAACAGGAUUUUUUAAAAAGCUGCUGACUGCUGAGUUUUCGGACACUGUGAUGGAAAAUCCUGGAAUGAAUGGCAUCCUAGACUGCCGGAUUACCUUAUUGGAGUACCUUAUUUAUGAAGUCAGAUCUCCAAGAAGGGAGGGACCCAAGCGCCAGGAGAGGGAGCAGUCAAGGGAGUCUGUAGUUACAGUAGCCGCGUCUGAGGAGAAGAGCGAGUGUUUUCCUCUCCUGCCGCGGGGGCCUUCGGAAAGGCACACCCGGCAGCUCCGUAGGGACAGAAGACGGAGCAUGGGACACAGUGCUAGCAGCCCGACUGUGGCCCAGCAACCAGCCCAGCAGCACAACCCGGAUGAUGAGGUAGACCUGCAGCAGAGCACAUCUGGGAAUGAAGAGGGAAACUCUAGUGAAGGAACACCUCCAACUAAACGCAAAGGCAAGUUUGCUAAAAUGGGAAGGAUCUUCAAGCCCUGGAAAUGGAGGAAGAAGAAGCCAAGUGAAAAGUUCACAGAAACAUCGAUAGUUUUGGAACGAAAGAUAUCUGUUAGGAAAACUCGCCAAGAGCUGAUUGCAAGAGGGGUUUUAAAGGAAAUCCCAGAUAAUGAGACCAAUGAGAACCACUCUAAAGUUCCACCGUUGAAAAAUGGGCACCCUGUGCCAAUGGAUGUGGACAGAGUGUCAGAAGCUGGAGUGCGAACGUCUCGAAGGGAUUCCGACAUUAAGGGCAAUCCCAUCAGGCUUCCUCAGGGAGAUGAUCGUCGAAGCAGGGUGCCAUCUGAUGCCUCCCGAAGUAAUAGAGCGCCUCUGGAUGUGGACUCUCACGCAAGGCUCUCGGCGGAUGUAGAUCGACGCGGCCGCAUUCCCUCAGAUAUUGAUAAAAGAGGGGGAUCUUUACCUCGAGGACCUACACAGGAUGAUAGAUAUCGCAGAGAGGAAAGGAGAGAUGGUAAAGAUGAAAAAGAAGACAGAGGAAGGAGGGACAGGGAAGACGUGGAUAGAAGGGACAAGCGAGAGGAAAGGGAUGUGGUAGUUGACCGAAGAGAAGAUAAAGACUUUAGAGAAAGACGAGAGUGGAGAGAUGACAGGGAUAGAAGAGAUGAAAGGACAGACAGAGACAUUCGAGAGCGUAGGGAUAGGGACGAGAGGGAACGUAGGGAUAGGGAUCGAGAGGAGAAAGAGCGGAGGGAUAGGGACCGAGACGAGAAGGAAAGGAGGGAUAGGGAUCGAGAGGAGAAAGAGCGGAAGGAUAAAGAUCGAGACGAGAGGGAACGGAAGGAGCGGGACGAGAAGGAAAGGAAGGAUAGGGAUCGGGAGGAAAGGGAAAGGAAGGAUAGGGAUCGGGACGAGAAAGAACGGAGGGAACGGAACGAGAGGGAACGAAGGGAUCGGGACGAGAGAGAACGGAGGGAUAGGGAUCCACCAGAGAAGGAGCGGAAGGAUAGGGAUCGUGAUGAGAGGGAACGAAGGGAUAAAGAUCCACAGGAGAAGGAGCGGAGGGAUAGGGAUCGUGAUGAGAGGGAACGGAGGGAUAGGGAUCCACAGGAGAAGGAGCGGAGGGAUAGGGAUCGAGACGAGAGGGAACGAAAGGAUAGGGACCGGCUGGAACAAGAACGGAGGGAUAUGGAUGAGCAGGAACGUCGAGCUAGUCAUGAGAGAGAUCGCAAGGACUUUGAAGAGCGGGAACGGAGAGAUCGGGAAGAGAGAGAAAGGAGGGAAGAACGGAGCAUGAGAGAUGAUAAAGACCGGUAUUUUGAGCGUGAACGGAGAGAGAACAAUGAUGACAGAGAGAAGAAAGACAUUCAAAUAGAGAGAAAUGAUAGAGACAGGAAAUGUGACAAGGACAGAUUUGAAGAUAGAGAGAAGACAGAGGACAGGAAUAAACGGGAUGACUGGGCCAGGAGAAAUGAAAAAGAUCGCAGAGAUGAACAGGAGAGGAAAGAACGACCGGUACCUCAGCGGCCUAAAGAAGACUUCAGGCCCGUUGUCAGGCCCGUCUCCGAGAUGGACUUACGGCCUCCUCUAAAGAAGACCUCCUCAGAAGAAGCAAGCAAAUAUUCCUCCGCCUCAGAGGCUGACCGAAGAACUACCCUGCCGAGAUACGCUCCGCCUGCAGAGUUCAGAGAGCGCUCGGAGUCUGCUGGUGUGCGCUUCGCCCCCAACCCUUCCCCUGCACCAGACACCCAGCCGGAGCCUCUCCCUCCCAAGCAGGCUUUGCUACCCCCUAAAUUCCUCACCGGUCCUCCUCAUGAGUCUUCCAGGAGUCCGCCUCCCUCCUCCUCCUCUUCAGCCUCCUCGUCUUCCUCCGCCUCUGUCGAAGUGCCUGUUGCCAAGCCGCCGAGGACAGUCUCCCUAAUAGUAGACGACACUCCUCGGCCCUCCCAUGCCUCUGCUUCAUCAACUGACUCUGAAACACCUCCACCCGUCCCUCCUCAUGCCAAACAGCCUCCUGUCCCUCCUCCCAAACCCUUCCACCGCAACAGCAACCCCGCACUGCAUGGGGUCAAAGUCAGGCAGCCUUGUCACUGGACCAGCUGGAGACGGCAGAGUGAACUCGGCCUCUACCUUUCUCUGCCCGUGUGCAUGCGGCACAGGGCUUGCCAGACCUGCUCAGCAGAGGUCUCCCAUCCGGGUAGUGGUGUGAUUGUAGUCCCCGCUCCUGCCAAGCGCUCACCACCAACCCCGCCGAAAAGGAUGACACCUGUCACCAAGCGUCAUCCUGUGGAUCCCUCUCCACCCAGCCUGGCCCCAGAGGGUCCCGCUUCUGAGCAGCUCUCUGCCCCAGGUCUGGUGCCCCCUGCUGUCCCAAAAGGUGAAAUUGGCGAAGACGGAACAAUUGCACCAGCUCUGCACACAUCAGCAGAGCCUCUGCCUCUGCCGCCUUCCCACAUACCACCAUCACCUCCCAGAGUUAAGCCGCUCCAGCCGCCCAGCACCACCUCAUCUGCUCCUGUUCCAGCUGUGCAAGUGGGUCCUCCCAGUCCAACAACCGAGCCCCCCAGCCAGCCCCCUAACAUCCCUCUGCACAUCCUCAUCCAGAGAGCUCUGGCCAGCCCCGGGCCAUCCCAGGGCAACCCAGAUGGCUCCCAGAGGGCCCACUCUCUUCUGUUCGAGUCUCCCCCAGACUUCCUCACAGAGGUGGGCGGAAACCCACGGCGCUCCCUGCCUGUCACCAUCGAACCUCUCAGACUGCCGGAAGAUGACGACUUCGACAUGGAGGAGGAGCUGCGUAAGCUCCAUCCUCAGAGGCCCCCCCGCCAGCCUGAGCUGGAGCCCCGUAGCAGGAGGGGUCUGGUGGGAGACCCCCGGGUCAGUGUCAUCCCCGAGGGAGGAGGCUCUGAGGACAGCGAGAACGAGACCGACUCUGACUCCGAUGGCCCCAUCCUGUACAGAGACGAGUCAGAUGACUCUGAGGAUGAGGAAGUUCCUAUAAGUGGGCUGGCGAGCCGUGUGAAGAGGAAGGACACACUGGACCUGAAGCUAGAGAGGCAGGGGAGGGAGCGUGACGCCCAGGAGAAUUCCGACGGCAUGAGCUGGCAGAGCAGGGAGCAGUGGGUGGCUGUGAGGAACAAGAUCGGCAGCACGCUCACACGGCGGCUGAGUCAGAGGCCCACAGCAGAGGAGCUGGAGCAGAGAAACAUUCUCCCAGCCAUGAAUGAAGCUGAUCGACGGAUGGAGAGAAGCGAAAUCAAACGGAGGCUCACCAGAAAGCUGUCCCAGAGGCCCACAGUGGCUGAACUCCUGGAGAGAAAGAUUCUUCGUUUCCACGAGUACGUUGAGUGCACCCAUGCUGAAGACUAUGACCGGCGAGCAGACAAGCCGUGGACGAAGUUAACUCCCGCUGACAAGGCUGCCAUUCGCAAGGAGCUCAACGAAUUCAAGAGUUCAGAGAUGGAAGUUCACCAAGAAAGCAGGAUCUAUACUCGAUUUCAUCGGCCUUAGCUGCCCACACCGACCACAAAGGCACUUUAACUGGGAGGAAGUAGCCAGAACAGCCCUGUCCUUCCCUUCCACACUAAUGUUUGCCACCCCCCCGUACACCUGCUGGCUACCUGUUGAAGAUUACCAGCCGUAAACCCACAGCCAGUUCUCAGAGGUGUUGAGCGGUGGAAUGGACAGGAGGAGUUUGGCGGUGGUUGAGGAGCCCGGUGCCAAUACCACAAUAGUGAGCCCCACCCAAACCCCAGUCCUCUAAUGGGGGCGGGAGCUCAGUGAAACACAGACUGGACUUGAGGGAGACUCCUCACUCUGCCUCUAUCAGGGGAAAUUACUCUAACGCCUUCACCUGCCUUCAUGUACAUACGUCCCUUAUUUUCAAAACACAAAGACAGAGCACCGUUCAUUCUAACUAUGCUGAUGGUAUCUCUAAACCAGUUCUGAUAACAGUCUGCCUUACUGCCCACACAAUCUCACCAGCCUGAUUUGAGGCUUAGACAAAAUGUGAAAGACUCUAUCAAAACUCUGUUGGAGUUUCAUUUGAAACAGAAGCUCAACUUUGUGGAGAAGCUCUGACCCCAAAAAGCUGUAUUCUUACGUGUGCUUUUCACUCUAUUUCGGUGAUCAGUCUGAUUACUCUCACGGUACCCGUAUCACUAGAUUAUUUCCUGAUAAGGCACCUUAUGUUUCUUAAUUGGGUGUGUAGAAAUCUCUGUUUUUGUCCUCUAAUUCUAUGUUUAUAAUUGUUCAAUGCAGGAAAAUGUACAUAUUUUUAUUUUCCUAGCUGUUUUAUGGUACUUUAUAUUUGCAGACACAUCGCUGACUGCAGCUGUAUAGAUCAAUAAUGUAGAGUUGAUUGACUUUAUAAUGUAAACUACUGACAUGAAAUGCAGAGAUGUUUUAAUUGUAAAGUAUUUCCAAAAUGUUAUUUCCCAAGAUUAAUGGUACUUUUUUAUACAGAGACCUUUAAAUGUUUUGUUUUUUUGUGAACACACUGAAUAACUGAACAAUCUACUUAGAAAUUAAAACAUUGAUUUUUCAAAUUAAGUCCUCCUGUUUUUCUUUUGAA